AUGAAGGCCUCAAUCAUCGCAUCCACACUCGCCAUCUUCGGCUCUGCCCUCGCUUUCCCCACCGCUCCUCAAACCCAAACCCAAACCCUCUUCACCAUUCAGCUCACCAAUGACUUCUCCGGCGCCAACGCCAUCCGCUCCGUCGCCGUCAACAACACCCCAACCACCUUCUCCACUCUCUUCACUGGCACUAUCCUUGUCAAGAACGGUGCCGUCAUAGCCACCAGUGUGCAGAACGUCAACCCCCAGGGCAAUGCCCAGUGUGUAAUCAAGAACGCUGUCGGCGCCGAGGUUGGACGCAUCAACAACCAGAAGACUUUCCUCGACCUCGAUGGGGAUGUCACCAAGGCCGUCGAGACUGACGUCUCUGCUUUCACGAUCACUUGCUUUUAA